GGGGAAAAAGGCAUCUCCGCGCCAAUAUUAAGUGACUAACUAGCUUUGUAACAGAACCGAGGCAGCCGGGGCGUCAUUGGGAUCUUUUCGUAGACGGUUUGUGAGGGGCAAAAUACUCCACACAUCGCGCCUCAUACAGAUUGAUUUCCACUACCAAAACUUAUCUUACCACACGUCAAGAUGUCACACAACUUCGAACCCAUCCAAAAUGACCUUAUUUUACGGGCCGCCAGGGGAGAAGAAGUGGAACGAGCACCUGCGUGGGUGAUGCGUCAAGCUGGGAGAUAUUUGCCGGAAUACCAUGAAGCCAAAGCUGGGAACGACUUCUUUGAGUGCUGUCGGUCACCAGAUAUCGCUUCGACUCUUACCUUGCAACCGAUUGAGCGCUUUGCGGGCCUCAUUGACGCCGCCAUAAUAUUUUCUGACAUUCUUGUCAUUCCACAGGCUAUGGGCAUGACUGUUGAAAUGAUUGACAAGAAAGGACCUCAUUUCCCUGAGCCGCUCACGUCACCAACCGACGGCCAGUACGAAAGAGUCAUGAAAAAGGAAGUGGACGUUGCCAAGGAGCUGGGAUACGUCUACGAGGCCAUAACCAUGACCAGACACAAGCUGAAAGGCCGCGUUCCGCUAAUUGGCUUUUGCGGGGCGCCAUGGACUCUUCUCUGCUACAUGGUAGAGGGUGGCGGCAGCAAGCUCUUCAUUGAAACAAAGACUUGGGUAUUUAGACAUUCGCAAGCAAGCAAGGACCUUCUCCAAAAGAUUGCCGAGGUUUGCGUUGAACAUCUUGCUCUUCAAGUCAAAGCAGGCGCACAGAUGGUCCAAGUUUUUGAUUCUUGGGCAGCCGAGCUUUCUCCAGCUUCGUUCAAACAAUUUUCUCAGCCAUAUUUGGCUUAUAUCUCAGCAAAUUUACCUAAAAGACUUGCAGAGAUGCAGCUCGAACCUGUUCCGAUGAUAGUCUUUGCCAAAGGCGCUUGGCAUGCUCUUGACGCUCUUUGUGACCUGGGCUACGACGUUGUUGGACUCGACUGGCUGCAAGAUCCGGCCGCGGCCGUCAAAAUUAGAGGUGAUAGGUCUGUUGUCUUCCAAGGCAAUGCUGACCCAGGGAUUCUUUACGGCACGAAGGAUGCGAUUACGGGUGCAGUUACGGAAAUGGUUGAUGGAUUUUAUGGUGGUGGGAAAAAGGGAUGGAUCGCUAAUUUGGGCCAUGGAAUCACACCAAAGGUGAAUCCAGACGACCUCAAGUUCUAUUUUGAGGAAAUCCGUCGAUUGACGGCCAGCUAGGAAGUAGAACAUAAAUAAUUCGUGUCAAUAUAGAUGGCAUAUCUACCAAUUUGGGUGUGAUCCCUAAAACUACUAUGAAUACAUCUAUGGGUCCUAUAUCUUUACACAAUCUUCUCGAG